GCUUGAGCGGCUGCGUGGAUCCCUCGUCAGCCCGCCAGAGACAUCGUGGGGUAAACAGAUUCAUCGGCGAAUUCGCCGGGCACAUGCCUAUCACACGUCCCAGAAUAUGCACAUCAACCGUCUCAUCCAGGUGGCAGAGGACCCAGCUGCAACGCGGUUAUUGGAUGAUCGACCAGACGCGUCGGCCUUUCACGUCAAAGCCGCCAUAAACUUUUCCAUCUACGGCACCAUUCUUGUCGCCGUGCUGCAGAUCUACGCAGCGGCGACGACACGUUCUCUCUCGCUCUUCGUGACCAUGGCAGAGAGCUGCUGCGAGGCUGUGAGUAACAUCGGCCUCGAUUACCUCCACCGGAAAUCCAGGAAGCUCAGCGAUUCGACCCGAUGGCCGGCCGGCGCCGGGCGACUCUGCAAUGCGGGCAACAUCUGCUUUGCCUUUGCCCUCAUGGCCGUCUCCCUGGUGCUGGUCGUCGAGUCGAUCCGCGCGCUGGCCAGCAGCGAGCACGAGCUGGGCAGAUUCGAAGUCGCCGCCAUUAUCGCUGCGGCGAGUGGAUUCGGCAUCAAGCUUUUCCUAGCUGUCUACUGCUUCGUCUUCCGGAAACACAGCAGCCAAUUACAGAUGCUGUGGGAGGACAACCGCAACGACUGCUUCGAGUACGGCUUCGCCAUCUUCACCUCGGCGGCGGGCGCCAAGCUGAAAUGGUGGGUUGAUCCGGCCGGCGCCAUGCUCAUCGCCUGCAUCAUCAUCGUCACCUGGAUCGGCACGGUGCGCUCGGAGUUUCUCGAGCUCUGCGGACUGGGAGCCUCGCCCCGCGUGGUGCAGGAAAUCGUCUUCCUGACUCUCCGUCACUCCGAUUUGAUCUUACAAGUCGACACCGUCCAUGCAUAUCACUGGGGGGAGGACUUGUUCGUCGAGGUGGACAUAGUCAUGGCGCCUGAGCGCAGCCUUCGUGAGGUCCAUGAUGUCUCGCAAGGGCUACAAGACAAGCUUGAGACGGUCGAAGGCUUCAGUCGAGCUUUUGUGCAUGUUGACUACGAAGCAUCGCAUAUGCCUGAGCACCGCAAAACCCGCUGACGUCGUUUGUCAGCGUGGAUCCGCCUUGCACAGAGAACCAAUUGCAAUAUAAAGGGAGCAGAGAUAAGAUAAAAAAUAAGAAAAUCUAGGAAUUAGAAUAAGUACUUUCAAAGAAAAUUCGUCUCUUUUUCAGCGGUACCUUGCUUUAACCUUCAGAUACAUUCAAAUCCAUGUAUUCCUGGCCCAACUCGCUUAGUCUAUACAGGAUAAAAAAGAGUCUACCAUCAAGAUUUGCAUACAAAUUCUCUCAUCAGCAUAGAUCCUGUUUAUCACAAAACCAUGCAGCAUAUUCUUGUAAUGCCCAUAUUAGCAACUCCUAAGUGCUCGCCAAUUUGUCGCUUGAAGUAUGAGGCUGAUACUAUAUAGAUAUAUCAUACUUAGUAAUUUUUGGCCAACAGCGAAAUUUUCAUACACUCCUUGCUUC